CGUGACUCAGAGGCUUAGAUUUCCUCUCCGACUUUCUUUCCGAUCGCCUCGUUCCCCUCAUUCACCUUGUGAAUCCCGUCCACUCAUAUCCACCAUGUCGCACACUCUCUCGCAAAAGUACCUUAGCACGCGGGGUGGCUCCUACGGCCUCUCCUUCGAGGAGGUGGUCCUCAAGGGUCUGGCCUCGGAUGGUGGCCUCUUCAUCCCCGAGGAAAUCCCUACUCUCCCCGCCUCAUGGGAGUCGGAAUGGCGCGACCUCAGCUUCGAGGAGUUGGCCUUCAAGAUCAUGUCCCUCUACAUCUCCGAAUCCGAGAUCCCCCAUGACGACCUGAAAGACAUCAUCAACCGCUCCUAUGCGACCUUCCGCCACCCGGAACGCACCCCCAUCGUUGAAUUGGACGGCAAGCGCAACCUCUACCUCCUCGAACUCUUCCACGGCCCCACCUUUGCCUUCAAGGAUGUCGCCCUGCAGAAUCUGGGAAACCUGUUUGAAUACUUCCUGGUGCGCAAGAACCAGGGCAAGGAGGGCAAGGACAGGCACCACCUGACCGUGGUUGGCGCCACUAGCGGAGACACGGGCUCUGCCGCCAUCUACGGCCUGCGUGGGAAGAAGGAUGUGUCCGUCUUCAUCCUGUUCCCCAAUGGCAAGGUCUCGCCUAUCCAGCAGGCCCAGAUGACCACCAUCCUCGAUGCCAACGUUCACAACCUCACCGUGGAAGGCACCUUCGACGAUUGCCAGGACUUCGUCAAGGCCAUGUUCGCCGACCCCGAGCUCAACUCCACCCACAACCUGGCCGCCAUCAACAGCAUCAACUUUGCGCGCAUCUUGGCCCAGAUCACCUACUACUUCUACUCCUACCUCUCCCUGACCAAGACCCCUGGCUACAAUGCCAAGAUGCGAUUCGUCGUGCCUUCCGGCAACUUCGGCGACAUCCUCGCCGGUUGGUUUGCCAAGCGCAUGGGUCUCCCGGCCGAGAAGCUGGUCAUCGCCACCAACGAGAACGACAUCUUGGACCGUUUCUUCCGCACCGGUGGUACCUACAGCAAGGGUGACGGCAAGGGUGCCGGCGUCAAGGAGACGCACAGCCCCGCCAUGGACAUCCUGGUCAGCAGCAACUUCGAGCGUCUGAUCUGGUUCCUGGCCUUCCAGACCAGCGAGGGCAGCACUGCCGACGAGCGGCGCAAGCGGGCUUGCGAGAAUGUCAGCAACUGGCUCGACCAGCUGAAGACCCAGGGCAGCUUCAGCGUGCCCCCCGCUCUCUUCGAAGCCGCCCAGGCCGAAUUCGAAAGUGAGCGUGUGAGCAACGACGAGACCAUCGCGCAGAUCCGUUCCACCUACCAGUCGUGCUUCCCCUCCAACCUUGGCCCCGGCAGCGCCAAGAGCUCCAAGACCGGCGGUUACAUUCUCGACCCUCACACCGCCAUCGGUGUGGCCGCCUCUCUGCGCUCCAUCGAGCGUAACCCGGGCGUCAGCCACAUCUCCCUCUCCACCGCUCACCCCGCCAAGUUCGCCAGCGCCGUCGACCUGGCCCUGCGCGCGGAAGAUGGCUACGACUUCACUGAAGUCCUGCCCCAGGAAUUCAUUGGCCUGGAGCAGCGCGAGAGCCGCGUGACCCCCGUCGGACCCGGUGCCGGCUGGCAACAGGUGCGCGAGAUCGUCAAGGCUGAGGUCGAGCAGGAGCUCGAGGGUAAGCGGUAGAUCUUUUAAUACGCACUACUAAACUUUUCGUUUCUUCUACUACCCUACAUACAACGCUUCUUCCUUCAAAAGCUAUCUCGAUGAUAUCACACGAUCUUCACGCUUAAUCGAUGCCUUCUCCCGGUUUUCUAUAGAUCAUAUUACGAAUAUAGAACAAGACACUUCAUUAUAUCAUAAUGAAGUCAAGUUGAACUCUGU